GAAAUGGAACGCAGCCAUGGAUAUCGCUGUUGGAAAUCAGUGUUUCCUUAUUUUCUCGUAACAUUAAAAUACUCAAAGUUUAAUAAAGAUCGAUGUUUGUGUUUUAAAAAAAAAGUAGAUUACGUCUUUCUAAAUCAACGUUAAAGUAUAAAAAGUACAAUCAAAAACGUGGUUUGACGAGAGGCGCGCACAAUGAUCCGUCGACAGUGAUAGCCGGUGCCGCGCGACGACAUGGCUACUGUCAAAGUAACGGAGCAAAAGGUUAUCUUGUGCGGCGAGUACGGAGUCGGCAAGACGUCUAUAUUUCGACGCUUUGCAAACAACACAUUUGUAGCCAGUAAUGAUCGUAAAUCGACUCUUGGCCUUGACAACAUCGACAAAGAAUACGUCGUUGAGGACAGACGAAUACGUUUGCAAUUAUGGGACACUGGUGGUAUGGAAAGAGUAGCAUCCGUUACUUCGAGUUAUUACAAGUUUGCGGAAGCUGCCAUUCUCGUGUUUGCUUUGGAUAACUCAACAUCAUUUCAUCUAUUAUCCCAACAUCUGCUCGAUAUAGUAACAUAUGCAGAAAAUGCAAAAAUAUUCCUGUGUGGAAACAAAAGUGACCUGGAGAGUGUUGCGCCACAAGUCACAGACGCAGAGAUGGAGCAAUUUUGUGAACAAUGUCAUAAUCUAAUUUCGGGAAUAUACAAGACGUCGUGCAAAACGGGUGAAGGGGUAAACGAAAUGUUUGAAGAUAUAGCGCAACAUUUGGUCGAAGCCAAUCGAUCGCGAAUGGAGCUUCACGAGAUGGAUAAAGAUCGAUUUAAAAUUUCGUACAUCGACGAAGCAGCUGAUCCGUCGUGUCUGUGUUAAUUUGCGAAUUAAGAGUCAACAGCAUCCAUUUUUUUUUCUUUCAAGAGCCUUAAAUCGUAUUGUCAUUCAACGUAAAGGAGCUAACCGGAAUCAAGUCUUUUUUACCGAGCAUUUAUCGUAGAUGUGACUUUUCUAUGAGGGAAGGUCAUCAAAAGCGAGUAUGGAAAGUUCUCCAUGAAAAUGAGAGGUGGAUUGGUAAUGUGCUAAAACGUAUCUAUAAACGGCUACAAGCUGCGAUUGUACCGGGACAGGUCAGCUCUGAAAGACACGAGAGACGGCAAAGAUUUUCAAAUAAAAUUUUAUUACGCGCAUCGAGAAA